GAAAAUGAGAGGUUUGGCAACAGGAAAACCGCUCAGAGAAACACAUUCCAGCCGGAGCAGAGUCUGUGCGGAACAAUGAGGGGUGGGACGAAAGGCUGCACUAUUUUAAAAAAAGAAAAUCUCCAAUCUGGUCUUUUUUUUAUCAGGAACUCAGCUGGAGACAGAAAGCUGUCGGUGAGCAGGAGCGUUCGGAACGGAAGGACGCUGGUUCGAUCCCCGCAGCGAAGCUGUUCGAGUUGUCGCUUUUAUCAGCGCAGAUUUGGACUGAGAUGAACUGACAGCUCGUCGUUUAAACCUCAAGCCGCUGCUUUUUUUUUAAGUCCCGCUUUUAACAGGAACUCUUCAGACUCUGAUAUGGGAGACGUGCGAGGUUUGCAUCAGUCCCGUUAAAAGACAAAAAAACAGACAUGGGAAGCUCCGCUCUGCUCACUGUUGUGUUUGCAGGAGUUUUUCUCUGGACUUCUGCCGUUCAUGCAGACAGCCUUGACGAGCCAGAAGAUGAGAAGCUGCUGUGCACCUGCAAGAACAACAAAGGCAUAUGCAGCAACGGAACGUGCCGAGGAGACUACUGUUUCUACACCUGGGUUCAGGGCAGUGAGGAAUGGGGAUGUUUCCCCAAAGAGAUUUACAGGGAGCAGUGCUCAUCCAUGAAAGGCAUUUUCGCUCACUGCUGCAAAGAGACCAAGUGCAACGCCUUCGUCACACCACCUCCAAAUAUUAAUGGAGAGCCAACAACAACAGCCCCUCCAGAAUUCCCACAGUCAUCGCUGUGGGUCGCCGUGUCCUUGCUGCUCUUAUUCACGACCUUGAGUGUCUGCAUCUUUGUGCUGUUUCUGCGCUUCCGACGAGUAGCCUGCAAGCUGAAAGACCCUGAGGCCCACGGUGCUAUGAUCAAAGUCCCCAACGGAGACGACCCCACAUAUGGCGAUAUUUUUGAUGAGUUUUGCACAUCAGGGAGCGGAACAGGACUUCCAUAUCUGGUCCAAAGAACCAUGGCUCGACAAAUCACACUUGUCGAGUGUGUCGGUAAAGGCAGGUAUGGUGAGGUGUGGAGGGGGACGUGGAUGGGGGAGAGUGUAGCUGUCAAGAUAUUCUCCUCCAGGGACGAGCAGUCGUGGUUCAGGGAGACCGAGAUCUACAAUACUGUGCAGCUGUGUCAUGAAAACAUCCUGGGUUUCAUUGCCUCGGACAUGACGUCCAAGAAUUCCAGUACCCAGUUGUGGCUCGUCACUCACUUUCACGAGCUGGGUUCCCUCUACGAUUUCCUGCAGUACAGCAGCAUGGAGCCAGAGGGCUGCCUGAGGAUGUGUCUGUCUGUGGCCUGCGGCCUGGUCCACCUCCACACUGAGAUCGUCAGCUCMCAGGAGAAACCGGCAAUAGCCCACMGGGACCUGAAAAGCAGAAACAUCCUGGUGAAGCGAAACGGGCAGUGCUGCAUCGCUGAUCUAGGUUUGGCUGUGAUCCACUCUCAGUCUCAUGACUACCUGGACGUUGGCAACAAUCCUCGUGUAGGGACCAAGCGCUACAUGGCUCCUGAGGUGCUGGAUGAGACAAUCCGUGUGGACAUUUUUGAGUCUUAUAAGCAAACAGACAUCUGGGCUCUUGGCCUGGUCUUCUGGGAAAUCGCCCGCAGGACAAAUGUCAACGAUCUUGUCAGCCAUUGUGAAGCUCAUGAAGGAGUGUUGGUACCAGAACCCAACCGCGCGCCUCACUGCGCUGCGAGUGAAGAAGACUCUUUCUAAACUGGACACUGAAAGUGACUACAGUCUAGAUAAACUUAAGCGGGACAUUUAAACACGAGGACCAGUGCCACAACUCCAAAUUCCAACAGAACAAAGUGACUUUCAUCAACUGAUUUGGACUCAGACUAACACCAUGUUAUAGUAAUAAGUUUAUUCUAAUGGGUUGAAUUACAUACAUUUACUUUUUUUCAUGAACUAGUUUCCUUUUUCUCAAAGGUCUACCAUCCUCCAGCAUCCCACAGACAGGAAGCAAAAUCUACUCACACUCAUACUUAUGUUUAUCCUUUUUGACAGUUUUCAUUUGCUGUGUGGAAUUCCUACAAUGACUCAAAUCACAAAAAGCUACAAAGCUCUGAUAUAAUCUUUACAGUAAGAAAUAACAAAGCACAUUAUCUAUUAUUUAAGCAUAUUUAUCAUACGUGAAAUGGGCAUAAGACAGAUAAAAAGAACAAAAAUGUAUAUAUUCAGACAUUAAACUUUUAUGAAUUUUAUUGAUAUUUACCAAUAUGAGGA